GCUGUUAGUAAUUGCAUUUUAAUUUGUUGAACCGGAAUUUUGUCCGUCAUGUACUAAAAAUUCUUUAGCUUGUUUAACAGAUACUCUUACAAAGGAAGUGUUUACUCAUAGGAGCGUCGUGAAUGUAGUGUUUGUAUGUGUCUGUGUUUGCGCGACAGGGAGAAAGUUUUUGAUUGUUUAUAAGGGAAAUUUGUAGAGGAUGGUAGAGAGGAAGAGAAAGAGAAUAUGUGCGCGUGAAUGACUGUGAUCGUGCUAAAAUAAUUUACUGAUAAACUUUCAAAAGUGACUAGGAUAAAAAUACUAUCAUUGCAUUAGACUGUGACAGUUUCCCUUUUAUUUUCCAGUGAAAUUUUACGGCACGGAAAAUUUAUUUAUGAACAAGAAAAGAGAGAAAAGAACGCUAAAAAAAAAAGAUCGAUUAAUACUUAAGGAAGCUAUUUAAGAAUUUGUUGAAUGUAUGUUUUAUUGCUAUCAAUUAUUAACUAAAAUAUUUUGGAUACCUUCGAAUUCGUUUCAACUAAUUCAUUCCAAGCAUCGAACCUCAGAUACGUAAUAUUCCGAACAUAGAUAACCCAUGGCGAAAACAAGCUCAGAACGUAUGAAUAUAUUUGGUUAUAUAGCGUUGGCAUUAACCUGUACUGCAGCAACAUUGCACUCUGUGGGAAUUUCAUUACCAAACUGGCGUAUCACCUUCAAGGAUGAUGAAAAAUGGGUAAAGAAAGAAGGGAUUAUGACGCUGACAAUGUGUAAAGAGUUUGAAUGCACGACAGUCAUAGAAUUCAGCAAAAUCAAAGGAGGUGAAGAAUGGUUCUUUGUUUGUCGAGUUUUCGCCAUGUUUGCGGCUGGACUUUGCCUUAUAGCCACAUUUCUUCAACUGAUCUAUUUCUGUUGUCCAAAGCAAAUCAUCAGAGCUCAGUCGAUGUAUAUGCUUGGCUCUUCAGGUUUGUUUAUUUUGAUGUCUGUGUUCAUCUUCAUCGCUAUGUACCAAGUAGCCCAACAGAAAAAUAGUUACACUGAUAUUGAAAUUCGACUUGGUUAUCCUGUUGGGUUUUGCAUAAUUGCUGGAGUCUUAGCUAUAGCAGCCGCCAUUUUAACUGCUGUUUCGUCAAUCGUAGCCGAAAGAGAUAACGAAGACUUUUAUUAAAAAACUUAAUAUGCUGCUUCGUUUUUCACUUAAUUUGUCAUCUUUGCUAACUUAUUUUCUUUCCUUUGGUACAGAAAAUUUCAUUUUGGUCUAGCCAUAAGAACAUAGGAGUUUUAAAGAGAGACCCAAACUUCAGAUUUAUAUAUCUAAUGAAUCAAUAGAGGAAAUUUCUGUAAUAUCAUGUAUCACAAAUGUUAUCCUGAUAUAUAAAUCAUCUGAAAUAUCAUACAGUUGAAAUAUAUUUCAACCAACGGCUGGAUUAAUCAGGGAUUUGGAAAUGUAUUCUGGUAAAACAGCCAAACUUAAGUAUUCACCUUUAUGUUCAUGCGUAUUAGUAUGUGUGCACAUGUAUAUUUUGCAUAUGUGCACAUAUAUAUGCCUACAUUUGUUUGUAUUAACUCCCCCCCCCGAAAAAUCAUAUGAAGUAUUCUAAAAACCACAGUGCAAGUACACAUAGCUUCAUUUUGCGAGUAAGCACACUGGAGAUCGCUGACCACUACAUUUAUGUCUUUUUCUCUCCUUGUUUCUUUCUGUGUUCCUUUCAGUUGAAGAGCGUAGGCUCGAAACGUCAAAGACUUUCUCUAUUCCCGAGCGUUAUACUAAUACAUCCAUUUGUUGUUUACACCACC